AUUGGCUUAAUCUCGGUGAUCGCUCGAUCAUCGGAUCUAAAUGGCAAACCCAUGUCAUCCGUCAGAGGCAGUUCAAGUUUGUCGAACGACGACGCGGGAGACGAUCUACAGCAGGCGAGCUUAUUCAACGGACAAGACACCAAUGGCAAUGACUCGGCAAACUCUAAAGAAGAAAAGUUCCUCAUGGAACACAGAAAUUCGAUUGAAGAGGUUGACUGGCUUCAAGUCAAACGGCCUAGUGAUGUGGGGUGUGACUGGCUGACAAGCAGUGCCCCUUCAGAACACGUGAAAGUGCUACUGGUAUUCCCACAAGACGAUCGGCAGUCCGAGUUAUUGAGUUUAGCAUGCGAUCAACUGGGAUGGCGAGUGUCGGGCGCGCGAGAUGCCGAACGAGCACUCGAUCUUUUCCAAGCUCAUUACCACGAAGUCGUUGUUGUCGACCGAAGGGGCUUACACUGUCAGCCAGCAGACGAUAUAUGCAGAGCUCUCAACAAUGUUCAUCACAGACGCGCUACGACCAUCUUAGCUCUCGUCAAAUGCUCAUUCUUCGUGUCGCCCGAGCAACACGGCCAGGCUACUCUGCGAAUACUCGACGCCGGGUACAACCGGGCGCUCGUGGAAUCGUCGAGUAAAGAGAUCCUGACGAACGAGCUGAUCGGGAUCUAUGCGAACGAGGUACAACCGAAGCAGCAGCUCGCGGUGGCUCAUUCUCUCUACUUGGCUGUGCACCGGUGCCGUGAUAUGGUGCACGUGACCAACGACAGACAUUCGAUCCAGUUUGCAAACGAAGUGAGCGAGAAAUUGCUGGACUACAAGUUGGACGAGCUGCUGAAUAGGAAUAUCACGGAGAUCGUUACGUGCGACAAUUUCACGCUGAUGAAUCAACAGUUGCAGAAGGGUCACGAGUUUCACGGGAACAUGAAUUGCAAGAGGAAGAGCAACGGGACCAUCACGAUCAGCUCGAAGAUUAUUCCGUUUUGCGCUUACGGCAAGAGAGUGACGCAUCACGUCUAUAUCUACGACACGACCUACCUAUUGGAAAAUUUCGAAGUCAGUCACGCGCAUCAACCUCAUCCCAUGGCACACCUACAUCCUAGGGGCAGCUCGCACUCUUUGCGAUCUUUCGACGUGGCCUCUAUCAACAGCGACCUGCAAAGGAGAUCUAGCGUGGCAAAACUACACAAUCUACCUCUGGAAGCUCCAAUUACGAAGGUCAUAACGCUCCUCCAUACGGCAAUGACAGACACAGUCAAUCCCGACGUCGCGACGCAAAUUGACAAAGCGAUCGAGAUACUGAAGACCACGGAACUUUAUGCGCCUUACGUUCGCGAAGAUGAUGAACUGUUCAACGAUCCUGUCGCUUCUGACCUCAUAGGAGCACUUAUUUCGGCGCCGCAGUACGCAAGGGAUUCGCGCAGAUCUUCAAAUGAUUCAUCAGGGCGUAUAUCCCAAGUUCAAAGAAUACUUCAUCAACAGCCUUCGAAACUUACGUCUAAAAGUCUCAGAGUCCCACGCGAUAUUGAAGUCUUAUUAGAAACUUGCUGGGACUGGAGUUUUGAUAUAUUCAAACUGGAAUUGCUAUCUGGCAGAAGGCCACUCUAUUAUCUAGGAAUGCACGUGAUGAACGCGUUCGAAGCGCCAUCACACUUGAACUGCAGUGAAAGGACAUUGCAAAAUUGGCUGACGGUCGUAGAAGUGAACUAUAAUGCGAACAACAGUUACCAUAACUCGACUCAUGCGGCCGAUGUUCUACAAGCGAUUGCUCGGUUUAUGCGUUCGGAAAAGCUGAAGGUACUUUUAGAUCCGUUGGAUGAAAUUGCAGCUCUGAUCGCUGCCGCCGCGCACGACAUCGAUCAUCCCGGAAAAUCCAGUCAAUUCCUUUGCAAUUCCGCGAACAAGUUAGCUAUCCUCUAUAAUGAUCUUUCCGUACUCGAGUCUCAUCAUGCUGCAUUAACGUUCAAAUUGACUUUGUCAGAUGACGACGUUAAUAUUUUCAAGAAUUUAGACACGGAAACAUACAAGAUCCUAAGACAAAAUAUCAUAGAUAUGAUUUUGGCUACCGAGAUGACCAAGCAUUUCGAACAUUUGGCUAAGUUUGUCAAUGUUUGCAGUAUAAGAACUAAUGAAUCACCCUCCGAGCCUUUUUCAGAUCAAGCGGAUUCUACGGUACUUAUGCUUCCAGAUAACGUGUCUCUCGUGAAAAGAAUGAUGAUAAAAUGUGCGGACGUUUCUAAUCCUACGAGGCCGCUAAGAUAUUGCAUCGAAUGGACGAAACGAAUUGCGGAGGAAUAUUUUAGACAAACUGACGAAGAAAAAAGAAAAAAUCUGCCCGUCGUCAUGCCGAUGUUUGACAGAGCUACCUGUUCUAUUCCAAAAUCGCAAAUUGGUUUCGUUGAUUUCAUCAUCAAUGACAUGAUGGAAGCUUGGAAUGCCUUUAUAGAUUUACCAGAAAUCAUUGAUUAUAUGAAACAAAAUUAUGAAAGUUGGAAAGAAUAUAAUGAACGUGGAAUCUCGACUCUGCAAGACGUAGAAAAGCUGCAACAGUCACCGGAUCUACAAAUACCUCAAUCUACCUGAUAGUGCCUUCUCGUCUUCAUACGUUUAUAGAUUAUUGAAUGUCAUCAAAAAAUAACUUGAUGUAAUUUUAAUCAAUAGAAAAAUGUUAAAAAAUGUUUAUUAUUGUAAAAAAUAAAACUACUGUUGUUGAAACUUGCAAAUAGAAGUAUAAUAGUAUGAAAUGAUUACCUUUCGUUUCUUCUUCUUCGAUAUUGUAAACAAAAUCAUGUAAAAGUUAAUUAUUAGGAGAAAGUUUGAAAUAAAAAAGGAAUGUAACUUUUACUUUUAAUUAGUAAGCUUGUGGUUAAAAAGUAAUGAGAAUUUAACAGUGAAAGUCGUUAUUUUCUUUGUUGGAUUCAUCUUUAUUAUCUUUACCUUUUCUGAAUAAACAGUUCUACAAAACUCUUGUCUCAUUUCUUUGUUUUUUUUUGUUUUAUUUUUUCUUUUUCGUUUGUUUGUUUAUUAUUUUUUUUUUUUUUUUAUUGUUUUACAUUUAUUUUUUUUAUUGUUUCACAUGUAAUUGAUACCAAUUUAUUAUGGAUCAUAGCCUCAUAAAUCGUAAAUAAGGGUUUCUGAAUGUAUAAUUUUAUUGUUCUUUGCGAUCUUUUGAAUGUGUCAAAUACAGAUCUAAUAUCAAUUUGCAGGUCUACAGAGAUCUUUUACAUGUUGCCCGCGUAAACGCUUUAGCUUAAUAAUUUUCCAACACAUUAGACUCCUCCCUCUUGAUCAAUUAAGCGAUUAACCGACUGUAAUUAAUCACUACCAUAGGAAUGCACAUGCAGUGAUGAAGAUUAAGUUUAAGAGACAUCAAACGUGUGAAUAUUUUUCUUAUUUUUUUUAAAGUGCUUAAUUCAGCAGAUUACCAAGUUACAGACCCUUUGAUCGAUUGUUACAUCUUAACUGUUGGAACCAAGUUCCUUAUUUAUGAGUUUUCUUUUACUUCUCUGACGUGGUUUCUAUUUUGGAUAUAAGAAUCGCUGACUCACUGCUCUCGAUACAUUGUAAGAGAUUGUAAUGCGUUUGCAGAUACAU